GCGCAGAUGGGCGCCGGGGCCUGAGUACUCGAUCGGAGCGUCGCAAGUUCGAGGGGAGACGGCUAUAGGCGUUGACCGGCGGUGGGCAGCCUUUCUCGGCGAGAUCGUGUUUUAACUCCCCUGUUUGGUGCGUGAGCCUAAAAAUAAUGAAGUAUUACGCCGUGUUCUGUCUGCUGCUGGCAGGCAGCGUCUUUGCUGACGAUGACGACAAAAAGGAAGAAGUGGGGACGGUGGUCGGCAUUGAUUUGGGAACCACUUACUCCUGUGUGGGUGUCUUCAAGAACGGGCGUGUGGAGAUUAUUGCCAACGAUCAGGGCAACCGGAUCACGCCCUCCUACGUGGCCUUCACUCCGGAAGGCGAGCGUCUCAUUGGUGACGCCGCCAAGAACCAGCUGACCUCAAACCCCGAAAAUACCGUUUUUGACGCCAAGCGCCUGAUUGGGAGGACAUGGAACGACCCUUCGGUGCAGCAGGAUAUCAAAUACCUGCCUUUCAAGGUUCUUGAAAAGAAGUCCAAGCCAUACAUUCAGGUUGAUAUCGGAGGAGGCCAGAUGAAAACUUUUGCCCCGGAAGAAAUCUCGGCCAUGGUUCUGACGAAGAUGAAGGAAACGGCUGAAGCAUACUUGGGGAAGAAGGUCACCCACGCUGUUGUCACUGUACCUGCGUACUUCAACGAUGCUCAGCGUCAGGCCACAAAGGACGCCGGCACCAUCGCCGGAUUGAAUGUCAUGAGAAUCAUCAACGAACCUACUGCAGCUGCUAUCGCCUACGGCUUGGACAAGCGCGAAGGAGAGAAGAACAUUCUGGUCUUCGACUUGGGCGGCGGCACCUUCGACGUCUCUCUCUUGACCAUCGACAACGGGGUCUUCGAAGUGGUGGCCACCAACGGAGACACUCACCUGGGCGGAGAGGACUUCGACCAGCGGGUGAUGGAGCACUUCAUCAAACUCUACAAGAAGAAGACUGGCAAGGACGUCCGGAAGGACGUCCGGGCGGUCCAGAAGCUCCGGCGAGAAGUGGAGAAGGCCAAGAGAGCUCUUUCUUCUCAGCAUCAGGCCAGGAUCGAGAUCGAAUCUUUCUUUGAGAGCGAAGACUUCUCGGAAACCCUCACCAGGGCGAAGUUUGAAGAACUCAACAUGGAUCUUUUCCGCUCCACCAUGAAGCCUGUCCAGAAAGUUCUAGAAGACGCAGACCUGAAGAAAUCCGAUAUUGAUGAAAUUGUCCUUGUGGGUGGUUCCACCCGGAUCCCCAAAAUCCAGCAGCUCGUGAAGGAAUUCUUCAACGGCAAAGAGCCGUCUCGUGGCAUCAACCCCGACGAAGCCGUAGCUUACGGGGCAGCCGUCCAGGCUGGAGUCCUUUCUGGUGAUCAGGAUACAGGUGAUUUGGUGCUACUUGAUGUCUGCCCCCUAACUCUGGGCAUUGAGACGGUGGGAGGCGUCAUGACCAAACUCAUCCCAAGGAACACGGUGGUCCCCACCAAGAAGUCCCAGAUCUUCUCCACGGCUUCCGACAACCAGCCCACAGUGACCAUCAAAGUCUACGAAGGAGAACGUCCCCUCACCAAGGACAACCACCUGCUGGGCACCUUUGACCUCACCGGCAUCCCCCCCGCGCCGCGCGGCGUCCCUCAAAUCGAGGUCACCUUUGAAAUCGACGUGAAUGGCAUCCUGCGGGUGACGGCGGAGGACAAGGGCACGGGCAACAAGAACAAAAUCACCAUCACCAACGACCAGAACCGCCUGACGCCAGAGGAGAUCGAGAGGAUGGUGACCGACGCCGAGAAGUUCGCCGAGGAGGACAAGAAACUGAAGGAGCGCAUCGACGCCCGCAACGAGCUGGAGAGCUACGCUUACUCGCUGAAGAACCAGAUCGGCGACAAGGAGAAACUGGGGGGGAAGUUGUCGUCCGAGGACAAGGAGACCAUAGAGAAGGCGGUGGAGGAGAAGAUCGAGUGGCUAGAGAGCCACCAGGACGGCGACAUCGAGGAGUUCAAAGCCCAGAAGAAAGAGCUGGAAGAAGUGGUGCAGCCCAUCGUGGGGAAGUUGUACGGCGGGGCGGGUCCUCCCCCCGGCGGGGAAGAAGCAGGGGAGAAAGACGAGUUAUAGGGGCCUCUCUAGGCUUUUUCUCCUCCUUGAAUGGCCACGUUGU